AUGGAUUCUCAGUCGUUCCAUCAAUCAGCAGCUGGAUCAAAUGGCAGCUACAAUUACAAAAAUGAUGCAGAAAAUAUGGUGGAUCUAACCCUGAGACUAGGUUCAGGAAACAAUGGUGGAAUAAAUCAUCAAAUAAACCUAAGUGAUUUAUUCAAUAUUCCAGUCUUCAUGACUACUGGCUCCAACACCAAAGACAAUAAGGAGCUAAACUUUGGACCAGCUGAUGGAACCGAAGAACAUGUUGGUGAAGAUCACUUUGGCAUAAUUAACAAUAGUUAUUAUGCUCCAAACGCCAACGGAUCAAAUAUUGAUGGUCGAUCUGGAAAUGUUGCUGAGAUCAAUUUUGGAUUGAUGAUUCCAGGAGGCCAUUCUCAAGGUGGCCAAGCCUACAAUUAUGACUUGGAGAACCAACACCGGCCUUCUUUGCUUCCAACAAGUACUUUGAAAAAUUACACAUUGUUGAGCGACUCAUCAAGAGAUGCUCAAAUUGAAAAUUCUUAUGGAUCACGUCGGCGACAACCGCGACGACGAACCCGGCAAAUUUGCUAUCGUGAACUCAAUAAAAGAUGCAGAAAUAAGCAAUGUAACACAAUGGACACUCCAAUGUGGAGGAGGGGUCCCCUAGGACACAAGACUUUGUGUAAUGCCUGUGGAAUCAGGUAUAGAAAGGAGCAGGAUCGGAAGAAGGCUAGAGAAGCUGCAGCCAGUGAUCGAAAUGGAAUUUAG